CCCUGACAGUCGAUACGUGACGAGAUUUCGCCUCUAAUAGCUACCACGGCCACUUUUAACAAAGUUCCAUGAAGAUUGCGAGAGUGUGCGUGUACGGAUCUAUGGAUUCCUCGAACACACGCGAAAUCCACGGAGUAUAAAAGCUUGCAAGACCUGUUUUCGCGAUUGCCGUGUCCCGAGGAAUCCUGUUGCGAGAACUACGUCCCAGGAGUAGACAGCCAGGACAGUCCUUUUCAGUCUGCAGCUCUGCACGGUUUUCAGAAUUUCGCCUAGCUCUCCGUACCGAGACAUCCACGAUGUUACUUCCCCUGCUACUUCUGCCCUUAGUGGCAGCCGUGCCACUCAAGCCAACCCUGGACAAGUACACUCUGGACAUCGAGAAUGAAACGCUGAGGAACAUCCAGUUCCACGGCGAACCCGUUUCCUCGCUGGAUCUAUCCAGCAUGGGAAUUCGUUACGUCGAGAAAAACGCCUUGGACAACGUGGCUUCGUUAAAGUCCUUGAACUUGGCCAACAACUCUCUCGAAUCGCUUCCAGAGUUCAUGUUCUCGAAUCUCACGAAUCUGGAGUAUCUAUCCUUGGCGGAGAACAAGCUGAGCAACCUAGAAUACCUGUUCGUCCGCUUGGAGAAGCUUCGAGUAUUGAACAUAUCCUGCAAUUCUGUGAUACACCUUCGUCGUGGACACUUGUUCGGUCUAACGAAAUCCACAACGAUCCUAACAGACGGGAACGUCUUCUGGAGCAUGAGCACAGGAACUUUCACGAACUCGUUCCUGAAAGACGACGAAGAACUGAAGCACAUAGAGAAAAUGAAGUCCGAGGUGGACGUCGAGCAAACGAGCGACGUAAUGGAGAAGCAAAUGGAACAGACGACAGUAGGUAACACGUUGAAACUGGAGAAAACCACACCAGCCCCUAAACUCGAGAUAAGGAAAGGCCAGAAGCUGAAAUUAUGCAUGCCGGAUCAGAUAGUCCUCUCGAUAGAACCGCUCGAAGGGAACAAAUCAGUCGCGAACGGGUGUCUAGAACUGCCGAUAAACGAGAGAGAAAAAACUGUGAGCCUUCGCGGAUUGGGCAUCAAAGGAUUCCACGAAGGAUGGUACCAGUUCCAGCAUUUCAUGGUAGUCUCCUUGGAUCUAGCCAAUAACGACAUCACAGAAAUCACGAAGGAGAUGCUGAACGACCUGCCCGAAGAUUUGAUCUACGUGAACCUGAUGGGUAACAGAAUCAGAGGUGUCUGGAGCCAGGUGAUCGAGAACAAACACCUGAGAAUGUUGAAUCUUAGAAACAAUCUCAUAGGAAACUUCGAGGAGAACGCGUUGUCGAGAACGAACUUGACCACUUUGUUCCUCGAUGGGAAUCAACUGGAGGACCUCUCCUUCGUUACCAGUUUGCCGAGAACUAUGACGGAGCUGGUGUUAGCCAGGAAUCAGAUCUCCUCCAUCUCGAACGGUGCAUUUUCGAACCUGUCCCGUCUGGUUUACCUAAACAUAGCCGAUAACAAGAUCACAAAGCUGCAGGAUAACGUUUUCAAGGGAUUGGACUCGCUCCAGGUGCUCAUUAUAACGAGGAACAGCCUGACGAAGAUCGAACGACAGGCGUUCAGCGACCUGAAGCAACUGAGCACGCUCUAUCUUCAUCGAAACUCGUUGACAGAGCUCGAGAAAGGUACGUUCUCGGAAUUGGAGAGUUUGAAAGAUCUGAACUUAGCCUGGAAUAAGUUAGAGAGGAUCACCAAGGAUUCGUUCGCCGAUUUACCGCAAACUUUGGACUUCCUGCAUAUCGAUUUAAACGGAAUAAACAGUUUAGAGAAGGGUAGCUUCGUCAACGUUCCCAGAUUCACCUUGUCUCUAACUGGGAAUAAAAUUUCGAGCAUUCCAAGGGGCGCCUUCGAUCUACCAACUUUGAGAGACUUGCAUCUGAACAACAACACCUUGACGACCAUAGAAGGCGACAGUUACGAAGGUCUGCCACAGUUGAAACGUUUAUGGCUGAACGAAAAUCAGAUCACAGAGAUACCUAAAGGUUCUUGCAAGAAUUUGGGCAGCUUGAACAUCCUGGACAUAUCGAAGAAUCCUUUCCAGAAAUUGCAAAAUGGCGCUCUUUACGGACUGAGCAUGGUUAGAGGAAACUUCUUGUACAUAUACAACAACCAGCUGAAGGAACUCGAGGGUGGAGUCUUCGAUGAUGUUUAA